AAUGGAGUCAAACUUCGGGUUGCAGUUAGCCAUGUCUCUGAGAUUCUCUCACUCUUCUUUCCUGCUUUCUCUUCUCUUCAUCUUCCUCUCUUCCAUACCUGCAAUCUUAGCCCUUCAAAAUGACGACCCAACCAUUAAAACCAUGCAGGAUUUCUCUGGAUACCCAGUUGAUGAACCAACUCACUCUUCUAUUUCAGUUUCUCUGUCUGUCCCACUUUCAAUUGAUAAUCAAACUCUGCCGAAGCAGAUUGAUGAGCUCUCAACCUUCUCCGAUGCACCUGACCCAGCAGUGACGAGGGUACUCUACACUGACAAGGAUGUAUUGGGACGCAGGUACAUCAAGAACCUGAUGGGACUCGCUGGCCUCUCUGUUAGAGAGGAUGCUGUGGGUAACAUAUUUGGUCGAUGGGAUGGCUAUGAACCAGACCUACCAGCUGUGGCAACAGGUUCUCACAUUGAUGCUAUUCCAUAUUCUGGGAAGUAUGAUGGCGUAGUUGGUGUUUUAGGUGCAAUAGAAGCCAUUAAUGCACUUAGAAGGUCAGGCUUCAAACCUAGACGGUCAUUGGAAAUAAUCUCGUUCACUUCAGAAGAGCCCACACGCUUUGGGAUAGGCUGUUUGGGAAGCCGCUUAUUGGCAGGGGAUGUGACCCUUGCAAAAGCUUUGAAGGCAACAGUUGAUGGUCAAAACAUAUCCUUUCUUGAUGCUGCAAGAUCUGCUGGAUAUGCACAAGAUCAAGAUGAUCUAUCCAGUGUGUUUUUAAAGAAGGGGACUUACUCUGCUUUUGUUGAGUUGCAUAUAGAGCAGGGGCCCAUUCUGGAGGAGGAAGGUGUAGCUAUUGGUAUAGUGACUGCCAUUGCAGCCCCUGCAAGUAUAAAAGUUGAUUUUGAAGGCAGUGGUGGCCAUGCAGGUGCUGUCUUGAUGCCAAAAAGAAAUGAUGCAGGGCUGGCAGCUGCAGAGUUAGCACUAGCUGUUGAGAGACAUAUUUUAGAAUCUGGAUCACUUGAUACUGUUGGUACAGUAGGUAUUCUGGAGCUGCAUCCUGGGGCGAUAAACAGCAUACCUAGAAAAGCACACCUGGAAAUCGACACACGAGACAUUGAUGAGAAAAGAAGGAAUACUGUGAUUGAGAAAAUCCAUCAAUCUGCAAAUACAAUUGCCAAAAACCGCAGGGUCAACCUAUCCGAAUUCAUGAUUGUAAAUCAGGACCCACCAGCCCUUUCUGGAAAAUCAAUUAUUGAAGCCAUGGAAGUUGCGUCAAAGGAGCUGAACCUAACUCACAAGUUGAUGAUAAGCAGAGCUUAUCAUGAUUCAUUGUUUAUGGCAAGGAUAUCUCCAAUGGGCAUGAUAUUCAUCCCAUGUUACAAAGGAUAUAGUCAUAAGCCCGAAGAAUAUGCUUCCACUGAGGAUAUAGCAAAUGGGGUCAAGGUUUUAGCACUAACACUUGCAAAGUUGUCAUUGUCCUGAAGCAUUCAUUCUUCUUGUAUAUUAGCCACUCAGUUUUUAUUGGAAGUUGUUACAUUAUGCUUUGUUCUCCACCAUGGGUGGCUGGUGCCACUUGAAAAUUGUAUGGAUAUUUUAAAUAAAGAAAUUUGGUUGUG